GAUGAGUCUUAAUAGUACAGACUAUCUGACGUCUGAAGUGAACGAGCUCCAUUACACUUUUAAAAGUGUGCAGAGCAGAUGCUGGGCUGCUUGAGUUCAGGAGAGUCUGUGUGCAUCAAGACAGAUCGUCAGAUGGUACAGAACAGUCACCAACGUCAUGCGUGACUUUCACCACAGCAGCUCCGUGUGCAAACACACCAACUAGAGGAUGCAACACUCCUGUCACAUGUGAAGCAGAAACUCUCCACGCUGUUUCUCAUGUGCGGGGCAUUUUGAUCAGCUCCUGAGGAAUGAGAACCGGGAUUCAUGGCAUCCCUGGAGACUCCAAACGACCUGCUUUUCUGCACUAACCAUGAGAUUGACCGCUGUCUGACCACUGACCGCCGCUUUACCUACAAGAGCCUCUCAGGUGGGACCCUGAUCAGCAGAGACGGACGAUUUCACACCAUCACUAAUGGUUUCAGCUCUUUUCAAAUGCUCCGAUCAGUGGCUAUAUUAAGGCUUUGAAUAAGGUCAGCAAUGAAUAGCUUUGCUCUCAGCCGCUAGAGAGCUGCAUGUGCUGAAGAGGGAAAAGGAAAGGACAGUGAGCUUAAUUUUCUGUAGUGUGCAUUGAGAUCAAAUCUAGUUCAAAUGGCUGAAAAUCCUGAAGACCCACUUGUAUUGUUGGAGAUCCUAGAAGUGUUAGGUGCAUGCCGUGGGAGCGUGUCGUACGCAGAUAUUUGCGUCUAUCUAAGUGGACGCUUCAGCCUGCAGCCUCUUCUAGAGUUACGGAGUCUCUUAUAUUCCACCGCCUGUAGAGACCCCUGCUUCCCUGCUACCCUCUUCCGAGAGCGGCUUCACCCGCCCUGCAGCAACCGGCUCUCGGCGGCCGCCGAUGUCGUCUCCCUGUUCAACCUCCUCAUGCACACCCGCAUGGCUCCUACAUACACGCAACAUAACUUUCAGUCUCUGACGCCCUGUCAGGUCUGUGGGAAGGGAUUUGUGCGUUACGACUGGCCUGCCGCCUUACCCGUCACAGGAGGAGGGACCGCCUCUGAGGACUGUAAAUAUGAGAACCUCCCUUGUGAAGCGUUCAGUCAUAACACUGAGGCUUCACACACUCAGACCACCUCCGCGUUGGUCGCUCAGCCUCACUCACACAUGCUCAACCAGGACAGCAUGCAGAACGCACAUUCUGGGGACGCAGUCAAUCAGGAGGCUGGCAAGACGUCAGCAACCAAUCAGGGAACCCGUGUCGCUCGUUCUUGCUCGCAGAAGAGGAGUGCCUUUAAAGAAGGGCUCCGCAAAAUUCCACUCAUUUCCGUAGAAGGCGAUGGCCAAUCGGAUAUAAGCCCAGAUGGACCGAGGUCGGAUGGUGAGGAUCUGCUUUAUGCUCCUCAGAAGAACCCCUAUCCAGAUCCUGCAACUUACGACCACAACAACCCAGCAUCACAUGUGCAUGACCAUUCGUACACUUAUGCAAACGUACCAGAACCGGAAGCACACAUGCCCGACACGCAGUCGUACGAUGAUGCCGCGAACCCCUACGACCCUCAGACGCAGUGGCGUCAGGCGAAGCACGAAAGUUUGGAUGAGCUCCAGGCGUCCACCUACUUCGGCCCUUCAGUCUCCAACCAAAAGCAAACCCCUGUUCUUCAAAUCAAAAGCCACAGCUUGGACAUCGACAGCAGGACGGCGGAUGAAAGACCUGAGACUGAAACGACCGGCCUGCAGAAACCCAGAUCAGAGCGGUCUGUCUUAGAGAAGUCUGGCUUAAGAAAGCCAGGAUCUGUUAAGCUCAGCAUCGACGGAUCAAGCUUCGACAUUCCCGGUUUCGAUCCUCGCAUCGUCAAUACGGUGCGGGAUACCUUCAAGCGGCUGAGCGGCAUGAGUUUGGACGCAUGGUACGAUUGGUCCCCGAGCAUUGAAGGCAUGGUUAGUGUAGGCACCCAAACGGAGCCUGCGGAUCGACGCGCUUUACGAAGCCUCAUGCUUGCCGAUAAACUCUCCAUCGACAACCCAGACAUCGGCGAGGACGACAUCAGCGCCAUCUUCCGUUUCUUAGACGACAUUAGCAUGUGUGGCUCCAUGGCAGUGCUGCCAGGGGAAGGAGGCGGAGCCCAAGAAGGGGGCGGAGCUGGGCUCCCAGAGAGGCGUGAACGCUUGGGAAAGUUACGGAGGUUGUUUCACUCCUUGGAGGCACCUGAAGAGGGCGUGAGAUGGGGCGUGGGGCGCCUGCUUCAACGGGUCACAGAACUAGAGCAACAGCUCGAGCCGAUCUCAGAGCUACGUGAGCAGCUGGCCCUCGUGCUUUCCACGCUGAACCGUCUGGAAGAGCGAGAGCAGGUUGCAUGCCCACACGUGCAUCAAGUGCACAUACAGCCACAGCUCACGCCACGGCCUAGCUUGCAGCUACAGCAUGGGUCCCCGAGGACCAAUCCAGGGACAGAGGGCGUCAACGAGGCAGCGGCGAAACGCAGGCGUCUGUUUGUACGCAGGACCUCCAGGAGCUACACGGAGAGCAGCGGGUCAGAAGCCCCCAGGGAGUGGAGCAUCAGCUUUAGCAAGGAGCCACAUGUACAGGCUGUUAAGUCAGAACAUUUAGGUGGAGUGCAUAAAAGAGACGGCUCCGUAGUGCAGGAGGUGACGAGCUUUCACCUCAUGCCACCUGAGACCCACAAUGCACCACGCCGCACAUCUGUCCAGAGUACUACCCAGCAUAUGACUGAACGCCCCAAAGUGACCUGGAGCCAGUCGGACUUAACACCUCUGGAUCUUCAGGCCCCUGAGUCUUUGGAGUUCUGGACGGACGAGAUUUACACGCCGGCCUCCGACACGCUCCUGCGGCGUUCGCAUUCGUACACCCGUUGCAGCAGGAACCAGGCGUUCCGUAUCGCCGCCCUCAGCAUCACUGCCACCAUCAUCCUCAUCCUCAUCAUCGUUAUUCCAAUCAGCACAGUGUAACGUACAUGCAGUCACAUGACACGCCUGAGGCUACAUUGAAUGGUGCAAUACGUGUUUAAUAGAUAAUACUAUCAAGAUUUUAAUGAACGCAUGAAUUCUCUAUGAACUCAGUUUGACGAGCAUGGCAGACCCAGUGUAAAACCUAUGCAAAAUAGAUGGCAUUUCCUGAAACCUUCAGUGGGCCUUUUUGGAGUUUCCCUACCUUUAGUUUUGUUUGAGGUUCUCAUUUAAACGCUUAUUCGGCAGUUUAUGGCUUCAGGACGUUCCGGUAUGCCCUCUUUGUUGACGGAUAUUGGGGAGUUCCCAUUAGUCUAAUGUAAUUCUGCUGAAACCUGAGACGGCACCCACUUGCUCGUACAGCGGCACGUUUCUCUCUCCCGCACCUCUGUUCUCUCUCUCCCUUUAAAUGCUUGCAAAAUCCAUUAUUA